CCCCCUUUACUUAGUUUCAAAGCUCACCCACCUCCCUUUCUUCCUUUCUCUCUCCUCAUUAUAUCUCUCUUCUUCAACCUCCUCUAAACUCAAUUUCUCUUCAAAAAAAACUCAUUUUCUAUUCAACCCCCACUCAAAUUUCUUAAAAAAUAACCAAAUCCAAUUUUAAUUUUUAAUAUUAUCCACUAUUUUAGGAGAAAUAUUAUAGAAAAUCCCAUCUCCAUCAACUUAAUUUUUUUAAAAAAAUUAUCUCUCUUCUUCAACCUCCUCAAAACUAGUUCAUUCUCUUCAAAUUCUAUUCAACCCCACUCAAAUUUCUUUAAAAAAAUUGUUUUUUUUUUUAAUAUUAUCCAUUAAUUUAGGAGAAAUAAUAUAGAAAAUCCCAUCUCCAUCAACUUAAAAUUUUUCAAAAAUUAUUAAAAAAAUAAAAUGAAAGGAGAGUAUGUAGAAGAAGAAAAUGAUAACAAUGCUCAAAACAAUGCACACAACAACAUGUUCACAAAAUUCUCUCAUCCUUCCAAAUUCCAACCUCCUCCUCCUCAUCUUCAUCAACUCCACCACCAACAACACUUCCCACCACCACACCUCCACCACCCUCACCACCUUUUCUCUCAACCUUCCGAAGAAGCCGACUCCGCCACCACCACCACCACUCCAACGCCACAACAACAUCAUCAUCAACAACAACAACAACAACUAUUACAUCUUCAAUCUUCUUCCAAAAAACCCAAAACCACCCCUCUUUCUACUCAAACCACCACUACUAGCAAUGAAGACGGUGGGACCAUCGAAGUCUCCCGCCGUCCACGUGGCAGACCACCCGGGUCAAAAAACAAACCAAAACCCCCAAUUGUGAUAACCCGUGAACCCGAACCCGCUAUGUCACCUUACAUACUCGAACUCCCUAGCGGAGCUGACGUUGUCGACUCACUCACGCGCUUCACGCGCCGUCGUGGUGUUGGUCUUUGUGUUUUAACCGCUUCUGGGGCGGUGGCCAACGUUACACUCAAACAACCCUCGACCACCACACCGGGUGGAACGGUGACGUUUCAUGGGCGGUUUGAUAUAUUAUCCUUAUCCGCUGUGGUGGUUAAUACGGUGCCGUUUCACGGUGGUGGCGGGUUUACGAUAUCGUUGGCGGGCCCACAAGGGCAAAUUGUAGGCGGCAAGGUGGUCGGAAGCUUGGUUUGCUCCGGUACGGUGUUUGUCAUAGCGGCGUCGUUUAACAACCCGUCUUACUGUAGGCUGCCGCUUGAUGAACAAGAGGCCCAACAUAAUCAAUGUCAACAACAACAACAACAAGAAGAUGAUGAUCAACAGAAUUCCCCCGCCGUGUCGGGCGGUGGAGACGGUGGUGGGACGAUGAGCUUGUAUAGCGGUCAUUUGGGUACUCCUACUUCCGCCGCCGCUUCUGGUGGUGGUGUUAUUUGGGCUACUCCCACCGCCUCUAGACCGCCUUACUAAGUGAUAUGGUAUAUCUUGUUCAUUACUACAAAACAUCAUGGUUUCAUGUUUUAGGUUAGUGUUUUUUUUCUUUUUUUUUUAAUUUCUUCAUUUUGUGAGGUUAUUAUUAAUUAGUGGGAGAUUUAUGGAAUGAUUAUGGAAAAUAUUGAGUUAAAUUUUUUAAUUUAUUUUGAGAAGUUUGUUGUGUUCAAAAUGAUGGAUGAAAACCCACUUGUAGUUUUUGUUGAUGUGAUUUUUUUUUCAAUUCUCAUCCUAUUUAGAAAGGAGUUGAAUUAAUUAGAUAUUUAGUCAUGCAUGUUUGUAUGUUAGAUUGUUAGAAAUUUGUAAUGAAAAAAAUAUAUCAAAUGUAGAACUUAGUUUAUCUUUA